UUCUUUCCCUUGCUCAAUGUUGCAAUUAAUUCAUAUGAAUCAUAUGCAUAUACUUAUCAUGACACAAUGCGAUAAUGGUUUGCCAUAUUGGAUUUAUUAUUCUUAAAAUAAAUUAUAGAGUGAAAAAGAGAGAAAGAGAGAGAAAGAGAAAAGCUAGUAGAGGUUACUGACCCAAAGCAACAAAGAUAAAACUUGGACGAAGUCGUUCGAGAGAAAUUCAAUUCCAUCAUUGAACUUUACAACGCGAAUAAGUUUAGAUCUAUUCAAUCGAACAUGAUCAACGUACGAGGAAGUAAAAUUCAAAUCAUUUUUGCUUGUUGGUUAAUAGUUUUAUUUAUGGUGAUCGCUUCUCAUGUAAUUUUAAAAUUGGAAAUUAAUCACGACGAUGUAUUCGUCCAAAAACAAGUGACAUUAUCCGAUAAUCUUGGAAAAACCAAAGAAGAAAAUUCCAAUUUUCGAAAAAUAUUGAAAGAAAUUAAGGAAUUCCCUAAUAGAAAGAUAAACGAAUCUGAUAUUAAUAAAGAACAAAAUGUAUUAGUGACGAAAUACGACGAGUUAAAUCAAUUGCAAUCGAAUAAAAUAGAAAGUGAAAUUAAUUUAAAUGAUCAGACAAAAUAUUUUUCAAUUUUUACGAAGAACAACGAUAUUUUUAAAAAACCAUCAAAUUCGAAUGAAAAAUUGACGUACAAGAUUAAUGAAGAUAUCAACGAAACAAAUGACUCUAAUGAUUUAAUAUUAAAUAGAAACGUACGAAGUAUUAAUAGAACGGAGUAUUAUGCUCAGAGAAAAGCAGUUAUGGAUAAAUUUCAUGCUCGUCAACGAGAAAUAAGCAAAAAGUAUGGAAAACAGUACUAUAAUAAUACUUCAAUUCGUAAAAACAAUCAAACGUUAAAUGAAAUGACCAAAACUUUCAAGAAAACGAAUAAUUCAACUUUGGAUAUCUUAAAAGUAGCUUCUAAUAAUACUAAUAUUAGAUCAGAAUUAAAUAAUAAAACUAAUCAAUAUGAAAAAGAUACUGAAAAGAAGAGAUUUCAGAUCUAUGAUAACUCUAUAAAGGAUAUUACUAAUUAUACUUCGAUAUUGAAUAAUAAAAUUAAUAAAAAUGAAGAAAAUACUGAAAAAAAAAGAUCUUGGAUCAGUGAUAACUCAUUAGGGGAUGUUACUAAUUAUACUUUAUCCUCUAAUCAUAAUUGUACGAAUUUAAUUGUACAUGGUAAUUAUUUAAAUCAAAACCAAUUGACAAUAUCUUGUUUGGAAAAUCGGAAUGAAAUGAUUGUUAAAAAACUUAACGAUACAUUGUCUUCCAGACCAAUCAGAGCUACCAAUGGAGAAUUAAUAUGGGGAACAUGCAAUGGUACAUUGGUUUAUGAACACAAUUUUUCAUUAAACAUAAAUGGUCCAUCCAUUCUCGAAACUGACGUGGAAAUUAUCGUUGAUGGACCUCUUUGUAUAACAUGUAUUACAAUACUUCCAUACAAUGAUACCAAAGAGGAUGUUACUAAGGUGUCAGGUGGAGAAGGUUUCAGUCAUGUUACGAUCAAAUUCAAAAAUUCCGAAAACAAAGGAUUCUCAUAUAAAAUUAGAAUUUUUGCUGUAGUAAAGAGAGACGACAAUUGCUCUUAAAAACUAACGUCUCUAUCAGCCUCGAAAGUAUCUCAAGAAAAAUUCUCAAGAAUAUAAUCCUCUAAUACAUUGGUUCUCAAACUUCUGUAACGAGUUUUU